UCCCAUCCGUUGCUCUUUGUCCUCCUACCCACAGCAGUUUGGAAAACUAAGUGAAUAAAAAUAAAAGACUCUCUGCUUUCACUAGAUACAGCCUUAUUUACUGGGAAGUUUUUGUCACAAGCAACUAGUCCUCAGUCCUUACCCACCAGAACUAAAUCAGCUGAGACCGAGUCAUUUAGUCUUCCAGGGAGAACUUUGCCUGGUGGCCAGAUGGGCAGCAAACAAAAUUCAUUCCUAAGCCUCUCAACAGGGGGGCCUCUGAAGGUGGGGGGAGCUCAGCAUGGUCAAACUGCUUUCAGGGCCUAUUAAGGGGGGGGGGCACAGCAGUAGCUUCUUAUCCUUUUAAAUAGAACUUUUGCAAGUGCGCUGAAGAGCCCCCCCCCCCCAAUAUGUCAGCAAACUGAACUGAGGAACAGUUGUAGGGGUUUUUUCUACUCAAAAGUUGGGGAAUGGGGAGGGGCUUUCCCAGGCCAUUGCCCCCCUUUCCCCGGGCCUUUUCCCAGCAGGCCUCCAGCCAAGCGUAACACGGAAUGGGGAAGUAGCCCCUAGUGGGGUUUUGAGUUGGGGAUCGGGGGACAUUCCUCUCUACCUUGCCAGAUGGAAACCCCCAGGUCUGGGGGGAGGGGGAGGCCUUUCCUCUGCUUCCUUCGAUUCCCCUCUUGAGUGCUGGUUUUCUUCCUCGGAAGCAGGAAUAGAAUUUGGGGUGCAGAAUUUCACUUUCACAGUUGGGUUAUGGCCAAACCAUGACAAGAGGGGGUGGAGACCCCUCCACAUAAAAUCAGUCACGGGGCUCCCCCCAAUGUGGCCCCUUCGGCUGACCCACUGGCCUUGGCAGGCCUUUCCUCGGGCUCUGAGCUGCUGCUUUCGAUCUCGCAUCACUCCAAAGGGCCCCAAAUCCGUGGGAAAGCCUGAUAGGCACGCCGCCUCCCCAUCCCAUUGGGGGGGAACCUCUGAAAGCAGCUGAGGCAGCUCAGGGGUCCCCAGGAUGCUCCAGGCAUUCUCCCAGGGCGUCCCCUCUACUGCAGCAGGUGUCAGGCUGGGGUGGCCAAGGAGAGCCCCCUCCCCGGAUCUUUAGGCUCUGCUGCAGGGGGGGGGUCUCCCCUGUUCUUUUCAGCUCUCCGGUCCUCCCGACAAGCCCUCGCCACGAAUCUCUCUGCUCGGAAGGUCCGGAGGACUCUUGAUGAGGUGCAGGCCGGCUGAGGUCCAAACCGUCCCUCGCCCGCUUCGGAAACCAGCAGCAGAGGCUCUUGGCGGGGCCGUCGCCCCUCCGGCCCCUGGCCCUUCUGCUUGAUGCCCUCGGAGCGCUGCCCUUUCGCAGCCGACCUCCAGCCGGCGGGGGGGGGGCGGAAGGCGGGCGACCCACAGACGGUAUUGCUGCUAUGGCCGCGGGAGCCCCCCCUCUUAUUGGGCGUCCCCCGCCCCACAACAACCCCACGAGGGAGGUCAGUCUCGGCGGAAAAGGACGGACAAAGGGGGGGGGUGUUACUUGCCGCCCCUGAGCGAGCGCGGGACUUCCCUCUGCGGGGGAUUCCCGGCAGGCGGGCGGGUCCGAGGGUCGGGCAGACUGCGGCGCCACCCCUGGAAGUUGGGCGCCCCGCCCGAUGUGCCGGCGAGAGCCCCGCCGCCUCCCCGCGCCUAUAAAGAGGUGGGGUGGAGGCGGCGGGCCGAGGCGGCGGCGAUGGAGGGGCGUCGGUGGUCGGCUGGGCUGAGCGCGGCGGUUCUGCUUACGUUGCAGGCCCUGGUCUUCGCGCAGGAGCCCAGCUGCAGCCCCAGUCAGUACCUGUCGAACAGCAGGUGCUGCAGCCGAUGCCCACCAGGCCACAAGGUGGCAGCUGCCUGUUCGGGGGAGUCGAAUACCACCUGCACCCCGUGUGAGGAGGGUCACUUCCAGGCCAACUGGACUGGGGAGUCUCACUGCACCCCGCACCACCACUGCCGCCUGAGUGCUGGCCUGCUUGUCCAUCGGAACGGGAGCAAGGAGCGAGACGUCCUCUGCCGUUGCCGGGAGGGGACCCACUGUUCCAGCCACGAGUGCGAGACGUGCCUGCCCCACACCUCCUGUGGCGCAAGGGAAGGGGUCCAACGGGAAGGCAACCACGUAAAUGACACUCUGUGUGCCCCCUGCUCUUUGGGCCACUUCUCCAAUGUCUCGUCCUCCACAGCUCGGUGCCAGCCCUGGAGCAGGUGCCAGGAGGGGCAGGUCCAGAAGGCAAACGGCACUCAGGCAACGGACGUCGUUUGUGAGGCCUCCCCCUUGAAGCCCCCCGAGGCCAGGAAGAGCCACCUGCUGCCGCUGCUGCUGCUGCUCCCUAUUGCCUUCCUGCUGGGGGCGCUCCUUUUCCUGUGGCAUCGACGUGGCAACUGUCCUCGGAAGCGGCACCAGGAUCUGCCCCGGGAGCCCACCGAGAACGAAGAGGACUGCCCGGCCUUCCCCACCCAGGAGACCCUGCUGGGGGAGCAGGCGGGCAUGCAGGAGAAGGACUGCCAUCUUGCCCAACAGGAGCAGGUCUGACCAGGAAGCCACGGGGAUGCCAGGCCAGCUGCACAGCCGAGCCACCCGCCCACCUGGUGCCUCUCUGCACCCCGUGCCCAGCAGCCUUGACAGACGCCCCAAAGGGCAAAAGCUUCCCUCCAAGGGCACCUGGAUCCUGCCGCCAGUUGUACCAAGCUCUCUUCCUGCGGAGAUCCCGGGCACCCCCGGGCAGGGGCCCUGGGUGGAAGCAGUGCAGCCUGGGGGCCGGAUUGCCCCUCCUGGGAGCCCAGAGGUCUUUCUGCCCAUCAGAAUGACUGCACUACGCAGAGACGAGCAGGCGCCCCGGACGGUCUGGGAUUGCAGCCGCCCCAAAGACUGGCAUACUGUAGCCUCCCAGAUGUAAGGAAAGGCUGUGGCUCCACAGAGCCCCCACCCCCCCCCCCUACUCCACCAAGGUCUGCUACCCCGUGGGGAGCUGCAGGGAGCCUUUCUCCUCUUUCCCAGCCCCACAGAACGAUCCGGGUUGGGGAGCAGCUGAGCUGGGCUCAGGGGAAGGGGGCUGGGAGGAGGCCUGGGCUCUGCUACGCAGGCUGCCCCUUCUGGUGGCUCCUCUCUGCCCUUCAGGGGAGGAACAAUCCCAGCAGGCCGAGGUUUGAGUCAAGUGUGGGUCUCAGCCAGGGGAGGGAAGCCCCCAGCCCCCUCCUCCCUCGCCCAGAUCUGCAGAUGGGUUGGCUCUGCAGGGCUUCCACUGAACCCCGAAGUAAAAGGGGGACAAGGGAGCAGGUGAGUUCUUGGGAAGGCAAGUCCCGGGGGGGGGGGGAGAAGAGUUGUCCUUGGUGGUCUCCGGAGCAGCGGCUGGUCCUGCUGGGUGUGGGGUCUUUGGUGGCAGGCAGCUCUCCUGCCCACACCUGCCCUCCUGACAUGGUUGGGGUUUGAGGUCGCAGCCUUUGGGAGGCCUCCGGGUCCCAUCUCCCAUCUGCGUGUUUCUUGGACAGCAGCUCUGUUGGACUUUUAUAAAUCUGACCUUUGGAAAAGCAA